AAAAAGAACAUAUUCAAAGGUAAACACACCAAAUGAAAGUAAGGCUGACAUGAGCAAUACAUCUAAGGUAACAUUCAAGAAGGCACCCUUCAAGAAGAAACCAACACAUGCUAAAUCAAGAAUAAAACUUUCUUUUGAACAAGAUGAAGAUUCCGAAGAAGAUACACCACCAAUUGUUACUAAACACACAGUAUCAUUUAUAAAUAAAUCCAACCGUGCAACAGUAGAACCACCUAAACCACGACCCACAGAUCUAUCCAAAUACAAGAAACAGUUUGAGCCACUAUCUGAAGCAGUUAUACUAAAUGCUGAUGAUCUAGAAGAACUUGAUGAAGACCCACUGCCGUCGUCUCCACCACUACCACCACCACAACCACCUAAAAAGUAUGUGCCUAAACUAGCAGAGUAUGAAGAUGAAAACACCUCACUUCGAAAACUAGCCAUGGAUGUAGGCACAGAAUACGAUGAUGGAUUCAACUAUGAUGAUGGAACAGAAAAGCAGAAAGACAACGUUCCAGUUGUAGAUGACUACGACUAUGAUAAUGAUAUAGAUAUCGAAGAGGAGACAGGUCCUAUUGCCAUGACAUCAACGAACUUUAAGCUCAAUCAAGACAAGUACGAUUUGGAGAUUAUUUCUGAUCAGGAAUCAGAAGACACUUCCAAGAAAGUUGAACCCGUGAAGAUACUAACGUUGCAACAACACAUGCAAAACUUGAUUGAGUCCAUGACAAAUCUAGAAAUUGAGAAACAACAAGUGGAACAGGAUAUAGCUAGGGUUAAACAGCAACAGGAAGAGGUAAUCACACGCAAACAAAAGUUGUUUCAAAAGUUGGGUACUUGGUAAUGUCAUUUCGUUUUCUCGCUGCCUCUUUCUCUCUCGGUAUUCUCCAGUCACAAUGACAUUUUGAAUAUCAGGUGGUAAUCAAGUCAUUAAUCAGUGGCAUUUACCACUUGAAGUUAAGGUUAUUGGGAUCAGAGUGUCCUUGGAAAUGUAAAUGAGAAACCGUGGCUAUUUCUUAUUUUACCCAGACUCUAAAUUGCUUCAAUCAACUAUUUAUUAAUAUAAAAUUUACUUGUAUUACUAC